AUGGCUCCAAGAAAUAAAUCUUCCACUACAUCUGCAUCAGUUGAUGAUGGUGCUUCUGGUGACUCAUCCAGUGAUGCCAUCUCUGAAAGUUCAUCGGGUCGAGGUCGAUCCAAGAAAAGUAAUUCGGUUGACAAGAAUAGUGAUGAAUAUCGACGGCGGAGAGAGAGGAACAACAUUGCAGUGAAGAAGAGUCGUACCAAAAGCAAAAUGAAAACACAACAGACAUUAGAAAGAGUCAAUCAGUUGCGAGCAGAGAAUGAGAUGCUUGAGACAAAAAUAAAACUGUUGACAAAAGAACUCAGUUUCCUAAAGGAUCUUUUCAUGGCUCAUGCUGGAAGUGCUCAUGGUCAGCAUCUUACAGAAGUAGACCUCAAUUUUCUUUCAGAGGACCAGGAGAAAGAAAGUGGAAUUGCUAAUAAUCAAGCAAUUGAGAAUGAUCACAAGUAUAGUUCUCAAGAUUCAGAUCUCUCUGCUGAGACUUAA